AUGGAGAAACACAUGUGCGGGCCCGUGAUCGAGAUGUGGGGCGACGACAUGGCGCGCGUCGUCUGGGACCUGGUCCGGCCACCCAGGCGCUCGAGGUACAACGUGGGCGGCGUCAAGUGCGCCAUCAUCACGGCCGAGAAGGACGUUCUCGAGAAGUGCCACUUGAAGCGCACGUGGAUGUUGCCCAACGGCGCCAUUCGCAGCGCCCUCGGCGGUGACGUCUCCCGGAAGCCGAUGGUCUACCGCCACAUCCCUCCGCUCGUGAAGCAGUGGCGCAGGCCCAUCAUCAUCGCGCGCCACGCGUUCAGCGACCAGUACAACGGCCAGGACUUCGUGGUCCCCGGACCAGGCACGCUCCAGAUCAAAUACUCGCCCACCGUGGGAGCUUCCUAUAACAUUCAC